UUCACGAAACUAUCUCUUCCUAAUGGAUCCAACCCAUCUGAAAGCUCAGCCGUAGCGACUCCCUCCCCAAAUGGUACGAUGCCAAACGGUUUUCUAUCGACCACGGCUGCCAGUGGCCUGCUUCCGCCCUCCUGGACCCCAUUUUCUCCCCCGGACCCCGCCGGAAUUAUUGACUCUAACGCCGCUGUCGCUGCCGCAUCUAAUUCCCCUCCUGCAGUUACGACGGCGCUACAGCAACAGGCAGCUGCGGCGGCAGCAGCCAUGGCCGCGGUGAAGCAGCAACAGGAUAUGAUGAGCGCAGCACUGGUUGCCGGUGGAACUCCGAUGAUGAUGCGUCCUGCUGCUCAGAAAGAGGGGACGCGAGAGUUCAUCCUUACCGGUCCAGAGGGCUGUAAUCUUUUUAUAUACCACCUCCCGCAAGAAUUCGGGGAUCAGGACCUUGCUCAAAUGUUUAUGCCAUUUGGAACUGUUAUCAGUGCCAAAGUCUACGUUGAUCGAGCUACAAACCAGAGCAAGUGCUUUGGUUUCGUUAGCUACGACAACCAGGCGAGCGCUCAGACAGCAAUCCAAGCAAUGAACGGCUUCCAAAUAGGCAUGAAGCGGCUUAAGGUGCAAUUGAAGCGUUCAAAAAGUAAGCCCAUGCUGUGA